AUGGGAUGCCUUUGUAGCUUCAAGAUUAGGGAGAAACUUGAGUACAAUCAUCGAUUGUCUCGAAAAGGAUAUGCUGGUUUGGAGGAUCAAUUGGAGGAAACCAUGCCUGGGGUAGAAAUUGAUCGAUCUACCUUAUGGAAGAAAGCUAGACAGGACAAACAUGGUAACAUCCCGGAUCCAAAGGUGGCAAAGAAAGCAAAAUUAAUUGAUGAAUUGCAAAAACAAGUGGCUGAAGGCAGUCUUAGUGUAUCUGGCAGUAAUGAUGUGUUGACCUUGGCUUUGGGUCCCGAGCAUCCAGGGAGAGUAAGAGGGGUAGGUCCUAGGAUUUCCCCUAGGCAAUUCUUCAAUUUACCUAGACAACAUAGGGUAAAGUUUGCCGAUCAAUUGAAGGAAAGUGUAAGAAUUGUCGUUCAAGAAGUGACUAAGAAGAUGGAAGCUAGAUCAAGGGAAGAGACUUUAAGGAUGGAGGCUAGAACCAAGCAAUUGGUAGAGGCUGAGAGGGAACAUUUACUAAGUCAGCUUUCCCAACUCAUCCCCAAUUUUGAUCCAAGCAUGCUUAAACCGAAAACUAGCCCCUGUGAAAACCAAGGUGUAGAGCAAAGUCCCAAAAAUCCAAUGUCUGACAAAGCAAGCUGUUCUGGGGCUGAUGUAAGAUCCCUACAUUUAGAGGAUGAUACUGCCAAAAAUGGGGAACAGCAGGAAGAAACGAAAAAAGAUGAAGACAAAAAUGAUGAAGAGAAGAAAGAAGAAAAACAAGAUGAAGAAAAGCAUGACGAAGAGGGUAAUGAAGUAGUUGAUUAUUCAAAUCUGGAGGUGCCAUCUUCCUUACAAUCCCUUUGUCAUUAUGUGGAAACGACACUAAAGCCUCAGGAGAAGAUCAUGACCUUCACAAUUGAGAAGGAGGUGUUUGGUGCAUAUCGCAGUACCUUCAUCUUGCCUGAAGAUAUUACACAGUUUUCAGGCAUGGAAGAAAUUGGGGCUACUGUGGUUGCAGUAUAUAUGAGUCGACUUCAGAAAACAGAUGGUGAACAGAUUUUCAUGAUGCCUUACAAUCUAGGCCGUCAUUGGGUCUUGCUGAUUGUGAGAGCAAAGAGGGAAACCGUCUAUUUUCUGGAUCCUCUGCCUGGAAAUCGUGUGGUUGAUGAGGAGGGCAAAAACAUUGUGAACAGUGCUUUAAAAAUUUAUAAUUCCCACAUAGGCAGACCAGGCCGUAAAGCACCAAUUUGGAAAACUCUGCCAGGCACACCAAAGCAACCCAGCAGUGUCGAAUGCGGGUAUUAUGUGAUGCGCUUCAUGAGGGACAUCAUCAUGGAUCCUUCCUUGGAGUUUGAGAAGAAGUUUGCCAAGGGAAAAGAGCAAGCGCCAUACCCCCAAGAAGCCAUUGAUGAAGUUCGGAAUGAAUGGGCAGAUCUUGUUUGCCUUCAUAUGGAAUAG